CGGGGCGGGCGAGCGGAUUAGACGAGUUUUUCCAGCUGCGCGCGGCGUCUUCUCCGGAGGUGAGGACGGCGCCGCUCGGCUGGGGGCCGUCGUGUGCGGUGCCGCGUACAGGACUGAGCGGUUCCCUUCAGCGGGUGAGGGCGGUGGCUGCCCGAAAAGCCGCUUCCUGCUCCCGCCCGCCGGACUCGGUCCUCCCGUGACUCCGCGGAGCCCCAGCGCACCAUGAACCCCACCAUGAAGCAGAAACCAGAAGGGACCCAAGGGCACGUGAAGAAUAGCCCCGUCCCGAGGAGAACCCUGAAGAUGAUCCAGCCUUCCACGGCCGGGCCCCUCGUGGGACGGGAGAACGAGUUGGUGAAAGGCUCGCCCAAAGUGAAGCUCUGGGAUGACCGGUUAGCAUCGAAGAAACGCAGCCCUGGGGUUGCCGCUGUUCCAGAGCGCGGCGGCAGCGCAGAUCCCGGAGGAGCCGCCCAGGAAGCAUUCGACCUCAUGGUUACAGAAAAUCCGCCCUCUCAAUAUUGGAAAGAGAUGGCAGAACAACGGAGAAAGGCUCUCUAUGAAGCCCUGAAGGAAAACGAGAAACUUCAUAAAGAGAUUGAACAAAAGGACAGUGAGAUCGCCCGCCUGAGAAAGGAGAACAAGGACUUGGCCGAAGUGGCGGAGCACGUGCAGGCCAUGGCGGAGGUCCUGGAGAGACUGAAAGGCGAACCCCUGGGUGGCUUUGAAUCGCCGGAUGGUCAGGACUCUGACUCGGAAGAGGACACCGGCGAGGGCUCCGGGGGGGAAGACUCAGGAGCCGAGGGCUGCACGAAAGAGGCCGCAUCUUCCUCCCCGCACGCAGGGCCCUGCGCGUGAGGGCCGGGAACAUUCGAUAUGAGACACGUGCCAGCCCGGGUCCCCUGCCUGCAGUUCUUUGUAGCAGAGCAAACAGCUGUGCACUGCAGACUUGAGAUCACGCCUCCCUGAUGGAAUCCUGGGACCUUAUUAUUGUAUUAAAGCACAAAUACUAUGUAUUUUUAAUCUGUGGCAUUUUAUGUAAAUAGCAUUUUCUCAGAUGUCAGACACUACUUGUGUACAUGAUAAAUAAACUUAAGU